GGUUAAAAAGAAGAAAAGAAUUGCAUAAGCUAUAAUGUAGGGGAGACUUCUAGUUUUAGGAAGGCGAGGCCUUACAGGAAACUAGGAAAGUGGAUGGAGGCAAGCAUGAGAUAACUGCAGCUGCGGCGUGUGAGUGUGAAUGCGAGCGGGGAAAUAAUGUCAACGUUGAUAGGUGGAAGAUCGAGAUCAACAGCGAGAUCAGGAAGAAGAAGCAGCAGCAGCAGACAGUUGCGGAUUCUGAUUGCGUGUCUUGCUCUUCUCGCCAUUCUGCCUCCGAUAUUCUUCCAUCUCCGGGUCAGGCGUCUCCACCGGAUCCACCUCGCCAAGUGCGCCUGGCUUCACCAACCGCCUCUAGUCUGCGCCCACGGCGGCGACUCUUCCGUCGCCCCCUCCAACACCAUGGCAGCGUAUGUGUCUGCUCUUAAUUCCAAAGUGGACUGCAUUGAGAUCGACGUCUCUCGUUCCUCUGAUGGCGUCCUCUUUGCUCUUCACGACAGGGAUUUGCACCGCUUCUCUCCCAACGCUACUUCUAAAGUUGGUCACCUUACCUCCAACCAGAUAAGAGAGCUUGGUGCUUCUCUCCAUUCUCCUGACAAGUUAAAAGAUCAAAGUAUACCUACCAUUCAAGAUGCCCUCAUGUUGACUGCAAAUUCAGUACGACAGAUAAUUCUAGACAUCAAAGUUGGACCCCCGUUUUAUGAGAAAGGUCUUGCCAGAGACAUUCUCUCUAUUCUGGAGAACACAGUGUGUCAAAACUGUCUCGUAUGGUGUAAAAGUGACAAUUUGGUAAGGGAUGUAAUCAAACUUUCGUCAGAAAUUACGGUUGGUUACAUCGUUAUGAAAGAACCCUCUACUGGGGCUAGAACAAAUUUGUUGAGGAUGAAAGGUGCUGAGGUUGUUGGUGUCUACCACCCGUUGAUUGAUGAAAAGCUUAUGAGAGUUCUGCACAGAAGGAAGAAAAAGGUGUAUGCCUGGACUGUUGAUGAUGUGGAAUCCAUGCAGAGGAUGCUGUUUGAGCAUGUUGAUGCUGUUGUUACGGGCAAUCCAACUUUACUUCAACGCCUAAUGCAAGAUACCAGAACGCAAUGUCUUGAAGAGGGCUAUUCAUUACCACAGUAACAUUUGUUCAGGAACAUAACCCUUUUUUCACAUUAAAUUUGCCUUGUUUCAAAUCUUGAUAAUCAAUACACUAAUCUUUAUUGUUGUAUGCAGUCUCAUUAUUCUCGUGGUUGAUUUGGGGCUUAUACCUUUGCAUUCAUGAUAUUUAGUGGCUCCUUAAAUAUUUGUGGAGCAAAAAAUUGGAAGAGAAUAAUUUGGGUUAUGUUGUUAUUA